UCUCUCUCUCUCUCUCUCUCUCUGUCUGUCUGUCUGGCUUUGAGCGUUGCGGGGCUCUCACAACCGAACACUCAAAAAAAAAAAGAAACUCUGAAAACGCAAUUACACGCAGAAGCCGAGUGCGUGGAUAUCAUGCAGUCACAUGAACCCACUUUAAUUCCAGCCGAUAAACACACGAACCACCUCUCCUCUUCCUCUUUCUGGUGCCUUUUCCCCGGUGCGUGAAGCCGAAGUGUCGGUGGUGGCGGUGGAGGGGAAGAGACCGCGUUCACAGACUGGGGGUAAAAAAAACCAGGAAUGUUUCUUCCGGUUCCAAAGAGUGUAAAAACGGAACGGAAGCCGACGUGGUCUUUGUAGUCUGUCAGCAAACUCUUGUACUCCUACCUUUGCAUCCGCUACUCGAACGCUCUGCUGCUGGCUUUGGUUUCCCCCCAACUGCAGGAAAAACCAUUGAGACAAGAGAGAGGCCUCUGUCUCAGAUCUGCAGCUGACCACUGACUGCAUGUCUCAGAGCUCUGACCGACCCCCCUCCUCUUCCUCCUCCUCCUCCUUUCACUUCUCCUCAAGGACCCACAUUUUCACACAAUCGUAACCUUCAAACCUCCAGCCAGCUGCUAGCUGCUUCACCACAGACACGGUUGGCUAUUUCCCUGCCUGGGCAGAAGGAUCAACCAUCGUUCCCCCGAUUGGUGCUCCGUCAGCGGGGGAGGGAGGGGAAGGAAAGGCAGCUGAACGCCGCCCUGGAGAUGAAGCUGCAGGCCGUCAUGGAGAACCUGCACAGGCAGCAGAGGGCCAAGCUACUGAUGGAGCAGCAGCUACAGCAGCAAGCUGCCGCCCAACAUACUCAGAUCCGCACAGGUGGAGGAGGAGGGGACGAGCCCAUGGGGAGCCCGGCCCCUGAAACGGAGCAGGCCCAGAUGGCAGCGCUGGCGGCCAUGCGUGCUGUAGCCGCCGGACUGCAGAGGGUGUCGGACAGCCCAAUGUCAGAGCGCAGCAGCGGUGGCGAGGACGAUGGUGACGAUGAUGACAAUGAUGAAGGGGAGGAGCAUUACAAGGACAUGAUGGGGUCAGAUGAGGAGGAGCAGAUCAAACAGAAAUGGGACGAGGAAGACUUUGAAGGUGAGAUGGAAGAAGACUUUGACGACGACCUGGCGGAGGAGGGUCUGCCGACGGGCCAUGGCGCAGUGGCUCCAGGGAAGGGCAUCCUCCUGUUGCCCCACCGUCAACUCCACCCCCACUCCCAGCUGCUGAAGGCCCGUCCUAGUGUCGACCAGGAGCCCCGCGUAGCCAUCCUGCCUCCCCACGCCACACACAGCCAUCUGGGCGGGCAGGACCAUGGAGAAUGGACCUACGAGGAGCAGUUCAGACAGCUUUAUGAACUGGAUAGAGACCCAAAGAGAAAAGAGUUUCUGGAUGACCUCUUCAGCUUCAUGCAAAAAGAGGGAACCCCAGUGAACCGUAUUCCCAUCAUGGCCAAGCAGGUCCUGGAUCUGUACAUGCUCUACAGGCUGGUGACAGAGAAGGGCGGCCUGGUGGAGGUCAUCAACAAGAAACUGUGGAGGGAGAUCACCAAAGGACUCAACCUGCCUACCUCAAUCACCAGUGCAGCCUUCACCCUCCGCACACAAUACAUGAAGUACCUGUACCCAUAUGAAUGUGAUAAGAGGGGUCUGAGCAACCCCAACGAGCUCCAGGCAGCCAUCGACAGUAACCGGCGGGAGGGCCGACGACAGAGCUUCGGCAGCUCCCUCUUCACCUACUCGCCCAACGGGACGCCCACCAUGCUCUCGUCGCCGAAGCUCCCCGCGCCAAGUGUGGGCCUGCCGGUGUGCACCAACGGGUCCUCGCUGACCCCCAUCCAGAAGAUCAAGAAAGAAGAGGAGGGAGGCCAGUCGCUGCCGGGAAUCGGAAUGGCUCGUCUGCCAGUGGGAGCCUUUGCGGGUCACUCUGUGGCGGCUGUGCAGGCAGCGGCGGCUCAGGCAGCAAUGGCGGCUCAGGUGGCGGCUCUGGAGCAGCUGAGGGACAAACUGGAGGCCGGCGAGCCACCGGAGAAGAAGAUGGCGCUGCCUGCUGAGGAACACCACCGACUGCUGCAGAGAGCGCUGCAACACAACCUGCUGGCCAUGACCGCUCAGAUACCCAUGAACAUCCGCAUCAAUAACCAAGAAGGCAGGCAGGACUCUGCCCUGAACCUCACCACCAACGGCACAAGCAGCAUCAGCAUGUCGGUGGAGCUCAAUGGAGUGGUGUACACUGGCGUUCUUUUUGCUCAGGCAGCAGCAGGGUCGGCCUUGUCCGGUGCAGCUGGAUCGUCCGCCUCCAACAAGACAGUCAGCGGUCGUGUUGCUUCACAGCAGCAACAGAACACACCUACCUCAACCUCAACCUCAACCUCCAGCAACUCAUUGUCUUAACAAACCCCCGGCCUUUCCCCUACGUUUUAUUUUUUUUGUUUUGUUUUUUUAUUACCACGCUAAGUAAAGCCAAAAAUCAACCUCAUUUUCUACAUAAUCUAUGCCAAAAAGAGAAGAACCAUAAACUGUACAGAAAGACACAAACUGAAACUCACAUCACUUGAAGUACACUAUCUCAGGUUUUCUCUCACCAACUCACCUCUUUUGUUCUUCAUAGCCAAAAUAAUUUCGGAAAAAAAAAAGAAAAAUAUAUAUAUAUCCCAACUGAGAGCCAGUAUAUGCUAAACAAAUAUGUAUGCACAACCUGUGAAUUAUUUAUUUCUGCAUAAAUGUACAGAUUAUCGGAGAACAAAAGAGAAGGUAAUAACUAGGAAGGGUAAUGCACUGUUUACACACACAAACACAGCUACUGAUUGACAGCGAUGUUUUAUCCUCUAGGGGAGAGAUUUUUUUAUUUUAUCUUUUCAUUGUCAUUAUUAUCAUUAUUGUUAUUCUCUUUAUUGUGUUUUAUCAUUUAAAUCUUUAACAAUCCUCUCACUGCAGGAAAAAAAAAUCUAUAUAUUUAGAAUUCUAUAAAAAAAAAAAAGUAUGAAUAUCCUCUAUUUUUAAUCAGAAAAGCUUUAAAAGGUAUAUGUUGUUUCUUCAGGGCAUAUAACAAAGUACCGUUGUGACCUCAUUUUGUGUAAAACCGUAUAACCUUAUUCACAUGGCAGCCAUUUUGGAUCUCUGUGUGGAAGAGCGAGCCCGAUGCAGGUCUGCGCUCCUGUCGUGUGCCCAGAUACACAUCAUAUCAGUGCCACUGAUUCUCCAGCAAAACACAAACCUAAAACUAACUGGAUCUCAAGACUCUGCAAGGAUAUUGGUUCACUUUUUUAAUACAUUUGGUCCGUUAUUGAUCGCUACCGGAGUCUAGGGAGUAGCUAAUUAACUACAAAGCUGACAUCCCUGCUGAAUUCAAACUAUUUGGCUCUAAAAUGAAAUGUUUGUUGACAGGAGGCCAGUUCAAUGCAUAUUUAUGUCAAUCAUGCAGGUAAUUUGUCAAGCUUAGUGAUCAAAAUGGCUGUUUGUAUGAGUAAGGUCAGUUGCGCAGGUGGAAAAAUGAACUAAAGCCUUUCCUUGAUGGGUUUUUUUUUUCCCCCCCUCGCUGCACCUCAACAGGCUGGACUUUCUGAACCUCAGCGGCGUCUGCAACCGACUGUUUCCUGUUGUGGAUAAUACACGUUUUUCGAUUGUUCUCAGGUGUCCGUCUGCUCAUCGUUUUGUACAAUAUCUUGACAGAGCAAUGCUUUUUGACAUCUUUCUCUGUUGAAAGAUCACAUUUUUAUCCUUUUUCUAACUUGGCCUUCUUGUGGAGUGAUUGUCUUACGGUCUGAUGCAUGCCCGUAUUUGUAAGAUAAAGCCCUUCAGCGAUCAGGAGUGAAGCAGGAAAACUUUGAUUUUCCUGUCUUAGAUUCACAGGAGUCGUGUAUCCACUAAAACCGUGUCAUUGUGGAGACACUCACAUGGACAAUCAGGUGUCAGGUGACGCUAUCCGAGCUUCUGAAGAAACUUACCCUGACAGUUGUUUCAGCUCAUAUCUGACGUUUUGUUUUUAUUGUAUUAUAGAUUACAGAUGCUUUUAUUUUUUUGUUUCAGCUUUGUGUUUUUGCAUGACUUAGUGCUUCUUCUGAUCCAAGUGCUUCUUAUCCCGUGCUGUGACGAGGACAGGGUCUCCCUGAGACUAGCUUUUCCUGCUGUCAAGGAUGUAACCGAGAAUGUCUUGUGAUCCUCUGACUGUUUUUUUAGAUGUUGCUUAAUUGGGGCUUUUUGACAAUGUUAGCUCAGAGGUAAUCAUAGCUGUGGCUUGUGUCUUAGUGUUUGUACGAGCAUUCACUGCAGUUAGAUUUAUAAAAAAAAAAGAAAAGUGAAAUCAGCCACGGUGGAGAUACCAUAUCAUUCAUAAGUAGUUGCGUCUCUGCAUUUUGAAGUAGAUCAAUCAUUCAGCUUUUUGAACUUUAACCUGUGUUACCUCUUUGGACUGUCGGCUGUUAAAGAUUGUUACUCAACCCCCCCCCCCUCCCUCGUCCCCCGACCCCCGCCACUACGCAAAGCAGCCUCGUUCCUACUGACGUUAGGAAGUAAAUCAGGCUUUGUAUGUGGGUUCUGUUCUGAGGCCUUAACACAGCAUGAGAUGACCAGAGAGCGAGCAGUACCUCCGUCUAAUCAGUUUUUACUGUUCCAGUCAAAUAUCACCAGAUGGCUGUUGUGGCUUUGAUUCUGGACUCGCUUCUCGGUGGGAAAUCACCACCAGCUGCUACACAAACACCGGUCAGUUCUGAAAUGUAGUUUUAAUUUUCAGUCAGCCAACGACUCUCAUUCAAAGAUACAUACUAUCCUUGAAAAGAAAGGCUUUAUUUGGAUAUUUUAAAGACAGAGACAUUGGUUGAUUUAACCCUCAGUGAAGUGAAGUGAAAACCACGGUGACAAAAAGAGGAAUAUCUACUUAAAAUAUGAAUGUAUUUGUCUAGCUGUGAAGCAGAUAAUAAGUUUCUAACUCACUCACAAACCCACUAAUUCAUGUUUAGCAGGCUUCUGCACAAGCUGGUGCUGCUGGGUCAUUAUCAGACUCUCAAUGUUUGCCAGCCUGCGCCACCUAUAGGCAAGAAAGGUAACAGCAGCAGCAGCUUUUACUCUCAGAUGCAAAUAAUUUGAAGCCACCAGCUACAGGCAGCUACCUACUGCUAGAGUCUUCAUGGAUGCUGUUUUCUUUGUGUGUGUGUUUGAGGUUUUACAUUUUACAUGCGUACCACCUGUCAGCUAAAAUAGUUGUUGUUAUAACGUGCUCGUGGGCCACAACAGGCGGGAGACGCACGCCAAACUUAGUAACAACUGCAAUGAGUCGAGCAGAGCUUGGUUAAUGGUGAAGGGUUCGACACACUGGCGUCUGGAGAGGCGGGUUUAAAUAACUUAGGAGCAUUGACCAGAUGUUCCCGGUUACCACAAUGGUACCUCAGCUCCACCCAGCUGACGACCUGCAGUGCGCACACACACACACACAGACACACACACACACACACACACACACACACACACACACACACACACUACUCAGGACCAAGGCAUAAGAAAAAUAAUAAUGGAGAAUCAUUGUGUCAUACUAACCCUCAGUGAUUAUUAAAUACUCAAACAAAAACAUAACUCAGCUUUUGGCUUUUUUUCAUUCAUUCAUCCCCUCAGACAAGAUGAAAUGUUAAUUAUUAUAUAUAAAGUUUAUAGUGCAAAUACAACAAAUAUAAACAUCAUAAAGUGUGUUAACAAAGCUUGUUUUGCCAGUUUAAAAAUAAUAAAUGCAAAGCCUCAAACAGCUCACAAACAGUUAAAAAAAAAAAAGUUAUAAAAAGGAAAGCGGCUGGUGUAACAGUGGCCUGCGGGUGUCACGAGUGUCAAAACUGUAACUUGUUAUUACUAUUCUCACCUAAAGGUGGCGGAGUUUGGACUUUCUGUGAGUGCACCUAUAUUUCUGAAACUGCUGCUGCUGUGGUGGCUCUAAAACUGGAGGCAGAGUCUGGUUAUAGUUGCCCGUCAUCGUCGUCACUGUGUGUUUUUGUUGGUGGGAUUUAGGUGAGGGUUCAUGAAGUCAGCAUGCUAGCAAGACUAUUAGGGCUACUUUGAACUUGACGUUAUCCAGGCUGAGCAGCAAACCUAGAUAACACAGCAGGACUAGACUGCAUUGUUGUCUAUACGCUGGCUUUCUCUUCCCCUCCCUCGUUAUUUUAUCAGUCUGUUCACACACAGCGGCUCCGAGGGUUUUAACUUAAAAUAACUGAGAAAACAUUUGCAGAACUGAAACUCCAGUCUGUGUGAGAUUACAGCUUUGUGUCAGCAGCCUUACAUAUGUGUGUGAGAGAGAAUAUUUGCAGUGUGCACAACAUCAUCACUGGAGGAGUGAAUUUACAGUCAAUUACAUUGUUUACGUGGUGAACUAUUUGUGGACGACCUCAUUGUUUUCAACCAUUUUGCCUUUUUUUCCACAACCCUGAUUAUUGAUCGGAUUCUCAGUGUAGAUUUGUUACCGAGGAAGGCAAUGUACCCACGCACACUAAUGCUGAAGUGGCUUCUCUGCAUUUGAUUGACGCCUUUAUCCAAAGCAUUAUGCAGUAUGACGACUUUUCCUCACAAUCUGGGUCUUAUUCUUGUAGUUUUGGCAACGGCAUUCUUUACACCACUAAAAAAAAACAGGUUACAAUACGGUCAUAGUGAAUUAUUAGGUACAGUACCAACUCUGUAGACUCACUUUCAGAUAGUUGCGUUAAGAUUAGACUUGAACUCAUGUGAGGCAUGAAUUGGUUUGGCAUGGUUGAAGUUCUUAUCCAUACAGCCUUACAAAGUCAGAGUGCAGUAACUACAGCAGCAGUGAAACAGAGGAGAAGGGGUUUGACGUUUGUAGCCAAACUGUGAAACACACAUAUAAGCUGUAAAAUUUUACACCUUAUUUAUUAUCAAAUAUUACGAGCACAGAAAAACCUAGUAGAGUAAGUGUAGAGUAUCUACAUUUAAGGUUGAUUAAUCUUUGAUUAAAUACAUGUUGAAUAUGUGAUUGAACUGUAGCUUAACCACAUGAAGUCAUACAAGUUCUGCAGUCACUGCUCGUUAACAUUUGGUAGGUCUCUCCAUUAUGAUUUAAGAUGUAGUUAUUUUCUUAUUUAUAUGGUGUAACAAGCUCAGUUAAUUAGACUUCAGAGCAUCAGAGUAGAUCUUUCAUUUCCAGGAAACAGAAAUAAAGUGGGUAAACUAGCCGAGUGUAGUCACAGCAGUUUGUUGUUUACCUCUGAUUUAUAGUUUCUAUGAAUCUGCUGUUUCGUUCCUCAAAAAUAAACAUUUGAUUGUAUAACAACUUUUAUGGAAGGAUAAGGAUUGUGCUCUUAACUCAGUUUUGACUGAAUAUGUAGUUGCUGUGUUUUGUCUUUGUGGUGCAGCAUAAUCUCUACAGAUAUAAACACCAGAACUGUGACCAGAAGACCCAUUUUAAUCUCUUUACAUUGUCUUUAUUCUCCUCUCCUCUGUGAUACUCCUGUAACAUUUAUAUAUAUACGAUAGAAAAGGAAGUUGAUUAUUCAGUUUGUUGAGUUUUUGUUUCUCUCUCUCUCUCUCUCUCUCUCUCUCUCUCUCUCUCUGCAUGAGUAGCAGAUGUCACAGUUGCUGGUAAUGGCUGACAAUCAAAUAGAGACAUUCUGUGACUGAAAGCAUUGGUUUCAGGGAGGGGGGGGAGGGGGCUGCUGGAGAUAGCAAAAACCCAAUCAAUACUGAUCUAAAGGAUCAACGUUGCUUUUUUUAGAUUUGACCCUGUGACCUUUUGGCCCCUGAGGCAACACUCAAGCACCUGCACCCAUCAAUGGAUCCAUGUUUAUCGUAUAUCUAUCGACAGGCUGUUGAGAUAUUUGCAUUUGAACGGUCGAGGUACAGCGGCGCUCUCUCUUUCGGUAUGUGCACGGCAGCAUCUUCGGGGAAGGUCGGCAUCUUUUUAAUUGCGCGGUAGCGACAAUCAGGGGACGUUACGACAACGCCGUAUACCUCCAAACACUCUUGACAUCCCUUCAACCACAAUCAAGCCUGUGUCUACCUCAUCAAGUGCUCGUGAAGACUAAUGAAAGAGAUUGUGAAGACCACAGACAAUCAGAUAUCAGCUUUAAAACGGGAGUCCCGCCUUUUUUAAUAGAUUUCAGUUAUGCAAGGGCACCCAGAGAGUAUAGUCGAGGAUUCAGUUCAGGCUUCAACCUCUUUACUAAGAGCUCCCCUCUGUGGAAGGUUUUGUUAUGACGCACAAUCAGUUUGGAUUUCCUGAAUGGAAACUCAAAAGUGUCCGACCCAAAGUCCUUCAGUGUGAGACAGCAAAGAAAAGAUGUUCAGUGUUCCUAUCUUCAUUUCCUUCCAGUGUUUCCAGAGUCGUGUCCUUUACUGAGGAGACAAAGCCUCUGAAACAGCAUUUAGAUCCUCAUGGAACAGUCAAAUCUGAAAACUGAUUAACUUAAAGAGUUAAUUUACUUCCACAGUAAACGUUCAGUAAUUAAAUGUCCUGUCUUUCCUGUUUCGCUGUAGCUUUCAGGUCAGGCAGGUUCCUCCACAUCAGAGGUAGCUGAGGAAACAUUGGAACAACUCAGCUGUAAAAACUCUAUCAGUCUUAAACUCUGAAGCAGCUAGUAUGAAAUCAGAGGUUGUUCGGGAGGUUUUAAAAGAGAUUUUAGUUCAGAACAGGUUUGUGUCUGAAUGUCACCAGCCGCAUUUAUGUGUCUGUAGCUGCUUUCACUUGUUAAGAAUUCAAUUAGAAAACGUUAUCAAACGUCUGCAGUUCUUAGGCUUAAUUUUAUUUUAUUUUAAGUUACAUUAUUGUUGUGUGCAGUUAUAAAAGCUUGGAUUUGAUUUCAAAAGUCUGCUUGUUUGGUGCACAUUCGUUAACGUGCCGUUGUACAGAUAGAACAUUAAUUUUCAUUGCAUUAACGCAAAAAAAAGAGCAUUUUUAUUUGUCUUAGAGUUUGAUUUCCCGACGAUAUACAGAAGUGUAAAUGUAGUGCUUUUUGAGGGUCUGACUCCCCCCACCCCCUCCAAUCUGAGAUGUUGCAGCUUCCAAUUGAUCAGCACAAACCCUCCGAGUCUCUCGUUCUCUACAUCAAAAUGUAACAACAUAAGAAAGUCAUUGAAAUGUUUGCUGCUUUUAACUCCCCAACCAGAGCCGGUAGCUUUUAAAAAAAAACUCCUUUAAAAUAUUACCAGGUCCAGAGUGUCUCGACUCCCCCACAUGAUGCCGACAUGGAAAUUCUGCUGCAACAUUUACGGGUUAUGGUGCAUGUGGGGUUUUUAGGGGAUUUUGACUGGACUUCACCACUGACUUUACCUCCAUAAGGUGGACUAUGGACAAGGAAAAUGAUGAGAAAUAACAAGAUGCCUUCUGCUGUGACAAUGUUAUAUGAAUUAACCUGUAUUACUAAGAUUCAUUAAAUAGAAUAUUUCUGAAAUAUGGCUUUUUAGGGCUGUGAAUUAUAUCAUGUUUAUAUCAUUUUUUUUUUGCUCUUUCUUUUGCUUUUUAUUUUUCUUCCUGGAUUUGCUGUAGCAACCCCCGCACACAGAGAUUACACUUAGAGCAGAUUUAUUAAUAUAGCGAUAAAGGAUGAUAAAUUAUGUGAUUUUAUUUUAGGGAAGCAUGUGAUGUGUGUGUGUGCGUGUGUGUGUGGGUGUGUGUGUGUGCAUGUGUGUGUGUGUGUGUGCGUGUGUGUGUGUGUGUGGGCGGGGAAAGGGGGCUUCACGUGUCUUCAAGUUAACUUCAGAACUGAAACAAGGCUCUUGUCUUUUACAACUUCUCAGGAAAAUCUACCUCUACCUCCAGUUUGAUGCAUUUAACCCAGUGAGGGCUCAAGUUACAGUUUAGUGGGUACACAAAGAGGGCGCGAGGGCGGGCGCCAGGGUCCGAAAUGAACUUCCAACAUGCCAGUAGAGUACUUUUAAAGACUAGUGACGCACAUGAGAUUGUAUUGAGAACAUGUAUUGUGGUGUGUUUACAUUAUUAUCUUGGCUGGAAACAAAUAAAACAAAGAUGUAUGUAUAUAUAUAUAUAUAUAUAUAUAUAUAUAUAUAUAUAUAUAUAUAAAGCGUCACCCUGUAGGUGAACUGAGAGGUUCAUUUUGGACACUGGGUGGCUCUCGCUCUCUGUCGCUCUGUUUCUCUCUGUGUUACAGGUUCGUAACACUUCUGCUGUUUUUAGUUUAUUUGAGCAUCAACAACAGGGAACCUUCAGCUCAACAGCUUACUACUACUAGUACUACAACGAGUACUGCUUCUAGUACCACUGUCAGUACUGCGAGUUGUUUUUUUUUAGUCUGUUCUAUUAAUGUGUGCUUAUUCCUCCUUUUUUUUUUCUAUAAAUGAUUACAUUCUUUGAUGAAUGGGACAUUUCCCGCCAACCACGGUAUCGGUGAAGUGGCAGUGGGCAAUGCAACUGUAUUUACUUUUUCUUUUUGUUUUUUGUUUUUUUUUUGAAGGGUGAAGAGCAAUUCUUGCCUAUUUACUCAUUAUGUGUUUGUGUGAAUACUUUUAUUUUGAAUCUGAAAUUAAUAAAAUAUCACCUUUCUUAAAUGUCACAA